AUGGCUUGUAAAAGGUGUUUUUUGUGUUUAUUCUCAGGUAUUCUGGAGAUCACGUCGGUGGAUGUGGGGGUGGUGGCUAUCAAAGGACUGGGCAGUAACUACUACCUGGCUAUCAGCAGGAAGGGAGAGCUGUACGGAGCGGUCAGUAUCCAUGUCAGAGGUCAUUCAACCAGCCUCAAAGAGAUUCACUUAGAUUCUUUAGUCUUUAUCACAAGAGUUUUUAAUUAUGUAGCUGGGUUCACGUAUAACCAAUGGUGCAGUGGAAACUAUGAAAAGUGCAAAGAGCACACUAUCCAAGCAUUCAAAGACAAAAUUGGAGAUCAGCAAGUCAUGACUAUAGUGCUAAGUGACACAGACAUUAGAUUACAUCACAUGUAUCACUGAUUUGCAUAAUUAACUAUUUAUAUUGAAUAUACCCCUCUGGUACAUCUUGACUAAGUUAAAUUGGUUCCCACUGGGCAAAAUCAAUGUUGUUUUCAACCAAAUUUCUCAACGUAUUGUGUCGUGGAACCUAUGUGGAAAAUAUAUUGGAUUUGAAAAAAGUCAUCAACUGUUGUUUUGAGAUGAGAUUUCAACCACAGGUUUAUGCCAUCAUGGCAAUGAGUUUUCAACAUUGACAAACCUUGUAUAAAAUGUUAUGAAUUUGUACCUUUGAAACAAUGUCAGAUCUUCAACGCAAUAUCCACUAUAAGAAAGAAACAGGCUGGGCAGCACCUCCUACUGGACAGUUGAUCUAUCUACAGCUACCCUUUGGUCUCCCAUCCAGAGAUUUAACCAAGCCUAGCCCUGCUUAGCUUUGAUAUUUAUCACCUACUGUUACCAAUGUGCUUUCAUGAGAAUGAUUGUUGAGAAAUACAUCUCCACUUAAUAGAUUCACUGUUGCUAUCAUAGUCAUUCCCAAGCAUAGGUUUAAGAGAGCAAAUUAGAUGUAACCAUAUAUCAUCAAUGGUGCUAUUUAGGCCUAUAUAGCAUUUGAGAAGUCAUCAACAGCUAUUGUUUAAAUUCAACUCAGGGUUCAACUAAAACUAGACAAUACGUAUAGGCCUAGGCCUAGGGUUUUAAGCUUUGGUUGAUUUCAAAUGGAAUCUACAAGUUAGUAAAACAGAUAUGUUGGAUUGACGUCUCCAUCCAAACCAAAAAACUAAGUUAAAGAAUAUAACUGUAUUUAAAGUGCAUUUAAAGUUUUAUUUUAUUUUAUUUAGUCCUAUUAAUUAACUUAGAUGUUUGGUUUUAAUGGAGACAUGAAUCCAUCAUAUCAAUUAUGAAUUUGUAGACAAAUUGGAAUUAAGCCAGACAUAGUGGCACAGGCAGAACUAUCCAAGGAUACAUGUCCUUCAGAUGUUGCUAUUUGGUUGCGUUGACAACCAAACACAAUUCAAGUAUCACUUUUGCCAUACAGUAAAUAGCCUAUUAACUUUCUGACCAGUUAAAAAAUGAUGUUGGAUUCAGGUCUCAAUCGCAACCAAAAAUAAAAGUGAAAGAAUAGGACUAAGCCAGCGGCUCAGAUGGAACUACCCAAGCAGUAGAUACAUCUCCUUUAAAUGUUGAUAUUUUGUUAACCAAACACAAUUCAAUAUUACUUUUUUGUAAUACAGUAAUGUAACAGUAUUCAUUCAACACAUCCCAUGCCACAUUGAGGUUACUGUAACAAUACAUGUCUUCUUAUCCUAGAAAGUGUGCAUGUUCAAGAUAGCAUGCAAAUGUCACAGGUCUGUGGAGACCUUCAAAAUGGAUAAUAAUCUGCGCAGAAUCUCAAACUCCAUUGACCACUUGCAUUGUAUCCCCAUUUGAACUUUGUUGUGCUUUUAAAUGGUUGAAAGCGCAGUAAUAACACAUUUAGGUGACAACAAACCAAAAAUCAGACAUUGAUUUUCCAUUGGAAUUUCAUUGUGCUUUUAGAUUGUUGAAAGCAUAGUGAUAACACAUUGGGAAUUAAACAAACUUUUGACUGUCUUUUUGAGUGGCUGAAAAUAGGUUGUAAUCUCAUUGAUCAAUCUAUCAACCAAAUAUUACCUAAUUCUCCACGUUGAAAUGACGUGGUGUACCCAGUGGGUUGUCAGUUAGCUAAUUAGAUAAAUACCUGGAAAUAUCUAUAUUUUGAUUUAAACUCAUGUAUGAACAGUACACCACUGGAUUAACUAUAACGGUGGUAUUUUUACAUCCUUUGCCAGUGUAUGCACUUCAAAAAUGGAAAUGGUUGAAUCAGUAUAAAAUGGAUUCAGUCCUGAGUGGCGCAGAGGUCUAAGGCACUGCAUCUCAGUGCUAGAGUGCUAGAGGUGUCACUACAGACCCUGGUUUGAUUCCAGGCUGUAUCACAACCAGAUUGUGAGUCCAACAGGGCGGCGCACAAGCGGCCCAGCGUCGUCCGGGUUUGGCUGGGGUAGGCCCUCAUUGUAAACAAGAAUUUGUUCUUAACUGACUUGCCUAGUAAAAAAAAAAAAAAGGUUUAAGUAUCCAAAUACACAUAUGUGAAUGUAACUCAAUAAUGUCCCUUGUUCUUCCAGAGAGAGUUUGGCAUUGACUGCACACUGAAGGAGCGUAUUGAGGAGAAUGGCUAUAACACCUACGCCUCAGCCGAGUGGAGGAACAAGAAGAGACAGAUGUUUGUGGGCCUGAGUGUCCAAGGGAGGCCACUGAGAGGGAAGAAAACACGGAGGAGGAAUACAGCCACACAUUUCCUCCCGAUCAUGGUGUGA